CUCCGUCAUGGCUGCCGAGCGCUUCUGCAAGCAAUAAAUGAUACGGUCUCCGCCAAUAAUUGAAGGAUACUAUUCGUCGUUGAAAUAAGCUAAGAGCAGCAUUCUUUGUUGUAAUUUCGCUACUGGUCCUAACAGGUAUUUUGGACCCGUUUUUGUGUGGUUCUGGGGCUGCGUUGGUAGGCUGUUUCUAUCUCCACUUGACCUGCAGAACAAAUGCACACGACUGGGUCAAUAGAAAAAAAGAAAACCAUUGACUCUUAAAGACGCAGUCGACAACCUUGCUCUGAUUACCUCUCGAAUUUCAGGAUUGCUCGACAUGUCAUUGCCUGGGCUUGGUUUCUAACAUCGGAGCAUCAGUUGGUUCUUAUCUGCACCUGUUUGCCGUAACAGGUUUCAGUGUUUCCACUUUCCAGUUUCACUUAAGUACUGAGUUUUGGAUGUUCGAAAGGAAGACCACAGUUUGGGAUGGAUCACUCUCAACAUGAUGAGCGUCACGCGGAAGACUCUGUAACCAUAAAGAGUGCAACCUCUGGAUCCAUGGAGAAUGAUCAAAUGCUGCUUCACACUGUCGGUAUUCCUCCCAGGAAACAUCCACUGACGGAACUCAAGAGGACAAUUAUGGAGAUGUUCUUCGCAGAUGAACCAUUGCGCGAUUUUAGAGACCAUCCAAGAUCCAAGAAGGUCAUUCUUGGGAUGCAGGCUGUGUUUCCAAUACUAGAUUGGGGAAGACAGUACAAUUACAAGAAAUUCGUUGGGGAUCUUGUUGCCGGACUUACUAUCGCUAGUCUGGCUAUUCCACAGGACAUAGGAUACGCAAAUUUGGCACACUUGAGUGGCCAAUACGGACUCUACUCCAGCUUUGUGCCACCAUUAAUUUACUCCGUGUUGGGAAGCUCCAGAGAUAUUGCUAUCGGGCCGGUGGCAGUGGUAUCCCUCUUAAUGGGGUCUCUGCUCCAGGCAGAGAUUGAUCAUAAAAGUAACCCAGUUGAGUACCGUCGCCUUGCAUUUACUGCCACUUUCUUUGCCGGUGUAAUUCAAGCGGCACUUGGGUUCUUCAGGCUAGGUUUCCUUGUUGACUUCCUGUCUCAUGCUGCUGUUGUGGGGUUCAUGGCUGGUGCCGCGGUUACAAUUGCUCUGCAGCAGCUGAAAGGUUUACUUGGCAUUAAUCAUUUCACCACCAAAACAGAUGUUGUUUCUGUUAUGCGAUCAGUGUGGGGGUCAGCACACCAUGGGUGGAACUGGCAAACCAUCCUCAUUGGUGUAGUCUUCCUGUCCUUCCUUUUAACAACUAAACAUAUUGGGAAGAGGAACAAGCGCCUUUUCUGGGUAGCUGCAAUAUCACCCAUGAUCUCAGUGAUUUUGUCCACCUUCUUUGUUUAUAUAACCAGAGCAGACCAGCGGGGCGUGAAAAUUGUGGGCAACAUAGAGAAGGGAAUAAACAAAUCCUCAGUCAAUCAGAUUUAUUUUAGUGGAAGAUACGUGGCUAAAGCGUUCAAGAUUGGAAUAAUAGCAGCUUUUGUAGCCCUUACGGAAGCAAUAGCGAUAGGAAGAACGUUUGCUGCAAUGAAGGACUACAGUAUAGAUGGCAAUAAGGAAAUGGUGGCACUGGGGGUAAUGAAUAUUGCAGGUUCACUAACUUCCUGCUACGUUGCAACAGGUUCCUUUUCCCGCUCUUCAGUGAACUACAUGGCUGGCUGUCAGACAGCUCUGUCAAACAUGGUGAUGUCGUUUGUAGUAUUGCUGACAUUAGAACUGAUCACACCACUCUUCCAUUACACCCCAAAUGCAAUUCUAGCGGCCAUUAUUACUUCUGCAGUGGUUGGACUAAUUGACUUCGAGGCAGCAUGGACUAUCUGGAAAAUUGACAAGAUGGAUUUCGUUGCAUGCUUGGGGGCCUUCCUCGGUGUGCUGUUUAUGUCUGCUGAAAUUGGCCUCCUGAUUGCAGUCUCUAUCUCAUUUGGAAGAAUUCUUCUUCAUGCUACACGCCCAUCCACAGCUUUACUUGGGCACAUCCCAGGAACAUCAAUGUAUAGGAGGAUAGAGCAAUAUCCGGAUGCAGUCAGAGUUCCUGGCGUCCUAGUCACCACAAUCGAUUCAGCAAUCUACUUCUCUAACUCAAACUAUGUCAGAGAAAGGAUAUUGAGAUGGUUAUCAGAUGAAGAGAGAGUAAAUGAGAUGGAGCAAAGGAGGAUCCAGUUCUUGGUCAUAGAGAUGUCACCUGUUAUUGACAUUGAUACCAGUGGCAUACAUGCGAUGGAGGAACUAUACAAAAGCCUCCAAAAGCGAGAAGUUCAGCUCGUACUUGCCAACCCGGGGCACAACGUGAUUCACAAGAUACACGAAUCCAAGUUCAAUAACAUGAUCGGCGACGACAAUAUCUUUCUCAGUGUUGCGGAGGCUGUGCGAACCUGUUCAUCAAAGGCCAAAUGGGAGGUUUAGUUUCGUAGUGAAGCUGCACUCUGUGGCCUCCAACAGAUCUCGCAUAAGAGCUUGAUUAAUGUCAAGUACACUCUCAGUCUUCAGCGAGAUGCCGUUACCGCCCGCAGUAAACAAGCUUGUCACAGUCAAAAUAUUAGGUUCGACAAAUUCAGCUUACUCUGUGUUUUUUUUUUCUUCUUCUUCUUCUUCUUCUCAAGUGAACAAGAAUUUCAACUUAAUAAUAACAUAUAUAGUUUCGAAUUGGGCUCCGCCUUAUUA